AUGUUUACAGAAUUUAGUGAAGAAUUGAUAAACUGUCCAGCAGGUUGUGGAAGAAAGUUUAAUAAAGAUAGCUUGAUAAUUCAUUAUAAAAUUUGUAAAGAUGUAUUCUAAUAAAAACGCUAUAUUUUUAAUUCCUAAUUAAAAAGGGUAGGAUAUGAUUAUUUUAUUGGAAACUAAAAAAAAUUACCUUAAAUUACAUCACCAAGAUCAAUUAAAAUUAAAACUGAAACUUCUUAAAUAAAAACACCUUAAAUUACAUCAAAAUAUAUGCAAAAUAUUUCUACUAAAAAAUUUUGCAAAGGUUGUUUAAGAGAUUUUGAUUUAAAGAUAGCUGAUGAUCAUAUAUAAAAAUGUUUAUAAAAAAUGCCUAGAAUUAUUGCAUUUUGUAAAAAGAUUUGA